AUGAAGCAUAUUAUCAAUCUAUAUGAAAACAUCAAUGACACAACAAGAAAUAAUUCAGACUGCCCUCAUGUGGUUUUGCCAGAAGAGAUAUUUUUCACAAUAUCCAUCAUCGGAGUUUUGGAAAAUCUGAUGGUCCUUCUGGCUGUGAUGAAGAAUAAGAAUCUUCAGUCACCCAUGUACUUUUUCAUUUGCAGCUUGGCCAUUUCUGAUAUGUUGGGCAGCCUAUAUAAGAUCCUGGAAAAUAUCCUGAUCAUGUUCAGAAACAUGGGUUAUCUCAAGCCUCGUGGUAAUUUUGAAACCACAGCAGAUGACAUCAUCGACUCCCUGUUCAUCCUCUCCCUCCUUGGCUCCAUUUUCAGCCUGUCUGUGAUAGCUGUUGACCGCUACCUCACAAUCUUCCAUGCUCUACAGUACCACAGCAUUGUGACCAUGCGCCGUGCCAUUGUCGUCCUGAUGGUCAUCUGGGUGAGCUGCACAGGCAGCGCCAUUACCAUGGUGAUCUUCUCCCAUCACAUCCCCACAGUGAUCACCUUCACAUCGCUAUUUCCUCUGAUGUUGGUCUUUAUCCUGUGCCUCUAUGUGCACAUGUUUUUGCUUGCUCGGUCCCAUGCCAGGAAGAUCUUGACCCUUCCCAGAGCCAACAUGAAAGGGGCCAUCACACUGACCAUCCUACUUGGGGUCUUCAUCUUCUGUUGGGCCCCCUUUGUCCUUCACAUCCUGUUAAUGACGUUUUGCCCAAAUAACCCUUACUGUGCCUGCUACAUGUCCCUCUUCCAGGUGAAUGGCAUGUUGAUCAUGUGCAAUGCAGUCAUUGACCCCUUUAUAUAUGCCUUCCGGAGCCAAGAGCUCAGGGAUGCAUUUAAAAAGAUGAUCUUCUGUAGCAAGUACUGGUAGAAUUAUUAGUCCCUGAUUUUAGAAGCCAUGGAGAUAAUAUUGUCAAGGGACAGAAUAUCAUGACAUACCAACAAAUGCUAAUGCUUUCCAACUGUCCUUUCCUUCCCUA